AUGUCAUCGAACAGGCGAAACACACUAGUCGUCGAUUUCGGUGUUCUUCCGAAUCGACCUACGCUAGAGCAAGUGAAAGAAGUCAUCGAGGUUGAUCUUAAGCUCAAGAUGGUGGAUGUCAGAAAUAUUCAACUGCACAACUUGAGAAACUGUGUACUCAUCGAGUUGAACGAUGCAGGCUUGGCAUUACGGCUGCAAAAAGAGCAUCAUCUCCGACACACAUUCCGAUGCCAGGGUGUGAAAUAUUCUAUCCCUGUGUAUGUAGAUGGCCCCACCACCACCGUAAGGCUUCAUGACCUGCCACCAUGUAUGUCUAACACAACCAUCACCCAACAUAUGGAGCAAUAUGGAAAAGUGAUCUCCAUUCAAAAUGAAGUAUGGAAGAACUUCUUCCCUGGUAUACCAAACGGUGUCAGAGUGAUACGAAUGAGGAUGGAGGUACAAAUACCAUCGCGUAUAGUAAUAGAAAACGAAUCUACACUCGUAACUUUCCGAGGCCAAAACAAACAAGUGACACCGAGCGGAGGAUCUGAGACUCAGCAAGAAAAACGAACAGUUUCAAACACCGCCGAACGACAGAGAAAAGACGUGGACAAAAAUUGCAACGAUACAGCUGAAGCUACCCCGCAUGCGGCAGAUCCCAACUCAAGCGACAACGAUUCUAAUGAUGAUGAUGAUGUCGCACACAUCGACCCACACCCUGGAACAACAACAAAGAGGCGGUUGUCGACUGGGACAAAUGAAUCGAAUUCGAAUGAGGCUAGAUGCGAACAAGAUCGGAAGAGAUCGUGUGGCGAUGACUGCUGCCUGGACGAUCUGCAGUACACCAAAGAGAAUCUUUCGGAUCCAGGAUGGAAAGUGUAUAACACUAGGUCGAAGAAAAAAUGA